ACAACAACAACAAUAUUAAUUAUUCAUGUAUUCAUCCAAUGUAUUUAUGGUCGAUAAUAAUAAUGAUGAUAAAAACAAUGAUGAAAUCAUCAUACAACCAUCAUCAUCAUCAUCGUCAAUAACAAAAUCAAUAAAAAUGAAACAAAAUAAAUUCAAAUCAUCAAAUCAUCAAUCAAUCGAAUGGUCAAAUAAGGCCACUAUUGUAACAAAAUUAAGAAGCUAUUUUCAAUUAUCAUCAUUAUCAUCAUCAUUAUCAUUUUCAUUGAAAAAUUCAAUUACUAAAAUCAUUAUUAUCAAUAUAAUCAUCAUUAUUAUUGGCUGUUUAUCAUCAUUACCUGUGAUUGUUUCAGCAUUCAACAGUCCACCGGUAUUUGAUUUUAAACGAGAAAUAUUCGUAUCUGAAAAUACACCUGUCGGCCAAAUGGUAACGAUGGUACGGACAAUCGAUAAGGAAAAAGAUAUAAUCACCUAUGGUAUUGAUCCUGCACAUUGGAAUGAUGGAUCAAAAUAUUUUCGUAUCGAUGAAAAAACUGGACAGAUUUUCGUACGAGAAUCAUUAGCCGGACAGGGUGGAAACUUUCUCAACAUGUAUAUCAAAGCCAAUGAUGGACAUCAAACUGCCAAAAUUGAAGCUGUAAUUAGUGUAUCAAAAGCUACUGAUAAAGGUCAAAUUGUUCAUUAUCCUGAUAUUCAUGCACCACCAUCACAUAUUUUCAAUACAAAUAAUAUUUUAAUAAACAAAACCGAUACAAGACCAUCAUUUCAUCCACCAACGCCUAAAGAUAUUCCAUUAGAAACGUUACGACCGCAACGAAAACAAAGACCACCAAUAACUAAAUUAAAUACAUUCAGUAAUCGAGCUAAAAAUGAAACCAAAAAUCAACAGUCAAUAACUGUUAAACCUGAUGUAGAUCAUUAUGAACAGAUUCCUACCGAAGACAAACCAUUAAAACAAUCAUCAUUACUUGCCGAUAUACUUUGGCCAAUAGGACCAUACAUAUUGAUCAGUAUUUUUGUUCCAACUUUAUGUCUAAUAUUCUGGUGUUGGAUACAUAAACGUAGUAUGCCCAGUCGUAAUGCAAUCAAAACAUUCUCACAUAAAAUUAUUAAUAAUAAUAAAUCCGAAAGUAUCGAAACAACUACCAGUUCAUUUACCGGUGAUUUUGAUGUUUCAUUGUUUAAAACACGUUUUCAUGAAACAAGUGCAGAUAGUGGUUUAAACAUUUCAAGGAUAUCAAAUCAAUGGGAAUUUCCUAGACAUCAUCUACGAUUCAUGCACAUUCUUGGUCAAGGUUGUUUUGGUCAAGUUUGGAAAUGUGAAACAUUCAAUGGUAAUCAACCGGCCGCAACACAAACACAGAUUGUAGCCGUUAAAACUUUAAAAGAAAAUGUUGGCGAUAAAGAAAAACGUGAUCUCCUUGAUGAGCUGGAAGUGAUGAAAAUACUUGAUCCACAUCCAAAUGUUGUAACAUUGAUAGGUUGUUGUACGGAACGUGAUCCAGUCUAUCUUAUUAUGGAAUAUGUUCCAUAUGGUAAAUUGCAAAAAUAUCUAGGGGAUAGUCGUGAAGAUAUUGCUUAUGGUAGCAAACAACCACAUGAAAAACUUGAAUCACAUGAUCUGAUUUCAUUCGCUUAUCAGAUUGCCAAAGGAAUGGAAUAUCUUUCGUCCAAAGGUAUUAUUCAUCGUGAUCUCGCUGCUCGAAACAUUCUUGUUGGUCAUAAUAAAAUAUGUAAAAUUGCUGAUUUUGGUCUGGCCAAAUAUAAUCAGGAAAUAUAUGAACGAAAAUCAGAGGGUCGUUUACCAAUUCGAUGGAUGGCAAUUGAAUCGUUAAAAGAUUUCAUUUUCACAACCAAAAGUGAUGUCUGGAGUUUUGGUAUUUUAAUGUGGGAAAUAGUCACAUUAGGAUGUACACCAUAUCCUGGUUGGACUGCAUCCGAAGUAAUUAAAAAAGUCAGUGAAGGCUACCGAUUAGAAAAACCUGAACACUGUAAACGUGAAAUGUAUAAUAUAAUGUAUUAUUGUUGGGAUCGUAAUCCACAUCAUCGACCAUCAUUCAGUGAAUUAGUUUGUCUAUUAGAUAAUCUAUUCGGUAGUGAUGAUGAAUAUAUUGAAUUAGAUAGAUUUCCUGAUCAUUGUUAUUAUAAUCUAUUGAAACCACCGGGUUGUAAUGGGGGAAAUUCGAGUGAAAAAUUGUGAUCACAUCCUGUUUGACUGAUAUAUUUUAAUAAAUGGCACAGUUAUACUUAAUAACAGUUCCCGAUUUUAUUUCAUUUUUUUAAAUUGU